CAUAUCAUUCACGUUGAGUCCGUCAGCCGAGGGGAUUUCUUCAUGGAGUACACUUGCAAACUUUCAAGCUGCUUUUAAGUUACGAUAUAAAGGUGAUGUGAACGCAUUUGAACUUCGUAUAACAACGACGUCUCGUGAUUCUGUGCUUAGACAUUGAAGAAAAGAUUUCCGGGAGAUUUAACGAUGUUUUUCACUCACGACAUGACUAGAUCAUGGUCGCUGGAGAGUGUGAGGAGACACACAAAGUGUUAAAGGAAGAGGACUGCCUGUUAUCUCGACGAAAGCAUCACCUCAGAAUCAUGAGGGAUUGUCUCCUGUGGAACUUCGCCAAAGUGAUUCUGUUCUGGACAUUAGCUGAUGCUCAGGCUGGUGAAGAUGGUGAGAUUACAGCUGAAGAACAGGUACAGAUGCUACUGGAUGCAAAGCUGCAAUGCCUACAGAAGGUCUCCACAGACGACAUUGCAGUUGGUGUGUGUGUCCCAGAGUGGGAUGGUCUGAUAUGUUGGUCGCAAGGCUUCCCUGGAGCUCUGACCAAGACCCCCUGCCCCACUUACAUCUAUGAUUUCAACCAUGCAGGACACGCCUACAGGAGGUGUGACUCUAAUGGUUCCUGGGUGCUUGCAGAGAGUUCAAACAAGACCUGGGUCAACUACACGGAGUGCAUCAAAUCCCCAGAGCCCAACAAAAAGAGACAGGUCUUUUUUGAACGGCUGCACAUCAUGUACACAGUAGGCUAUGCAGUUUCCUUCAGCUCUCUUCUAGUGGCCAUCUUUAUUAUUGGAUACUUUAGACGUCUCCACUGCACCAGGAACUACAUUCACAUGCACCUGUUUGUUUCCUUCAUGCUGCGUGCCGUCAGCAUCUUUGUGAAGGAUCACGUGGUGCACACUGGUACUGGGCUGCAGGAAUUUGACGCUGUGCUCAUGAAUAACUUCACUAAUGCUGUGGAUGUGGCACCAGUGGACACUUCACAGUAUAUGGGUUGUAAAGUGACCGUCUUGCUGUUCAUCUAUUUCCUGGCUACAAACUACUACUGGAUCCUGGUGGAGGGCUUGUACCUGCACAGUCUCAUCUUCAUGGCCUUCUUGUCUGAUUCUAAAUACCUGUGGGGCUUCACUUUGAUCGGGUGGGGUGUUCCUGCUCUUUUUGUUGCAGCAUGGGCAGUUGUCAGGGCAACGCUGGCGGAUGCAAGAUGCUGGGAGCUGAGUGCAGGAAACAUCAAAUGGAUCUACCAGGUCCCCAUACUGACAGCCAUUGGGCUGAACUUCAUCCUGUUCGUGAAUAUCGUGCGGGUGCUCGCAACCAAGAUCCGUGAGACCAACGCAGGCAGAUACGAUACUCGGAAACAGUACAGGAAGCUUGCCAAAUCCACGCUUGUGUUGGUGCUUGUGUUUGGGGUGCACUACAUUGUGUUUGUUGGAAUGCCGCACACCUUUGAUGGUUUGGGCUGGGAGGUGCGGAUGUAUUGUGAGCUCUUCUUCAAUUCUUUCCAGGGCUUCUUUGUGUCCAUCAUCUACUGCUACUGUAAUGGAGAGGUCCAGACUGAGAUCAAGAAGACAUGGACGCGGUGGAAUCUAGCGUUCGACUGGAAGGGCCCGGUGGUGUGCGGGGGCUACCGCUAUGGCUCUGUGUUAACUGGCCUCAACAAUAGCACCAGCAGUCAAUCCCAGUUCGCUACCGGAGGCCCAGGUACCCGUUCCACCACACUCUUCUCCAGCCGAGUCUACCGCAGCAGCGGGGGGCCAACUAUCAGUGCACAUGCCACCUUGCCAGGCUAUGUGCUCAAUUCGGAUGCUGAAAGCUUACCACCAUCUAUACCUGAAGAACCAGAGGACAGUGCAAAGCAGGUCGAUGACAUCCUGCUGAAGGAAUCCCUGCCCACGAGGCCCAGCAGUGGCCUGGAGGAUGACGAGGAAACUCUGUAGAUAAUGGUGCGGUGAUAGUCAGCUAAAUUGGGUGUAAUGGCAAACAUGGCAUUUGUUAAAGAACAAAAAUGACAGUACAUCACCUGCAGUGCACACCGCUGUGGAUGGCAACAGCACCUCUACAAUGGACACUUCCUGCUCAAUCUGUGACAGUUUUGUUUUUGACAUAAUGCCAUAUGCAGAUAGAUUGAUAUGUUCAUGACAAGACACCUCCACCCAUCAUGGCCCUGGAAAUGCUGAUGAUGGGUAAAAUUUCUGGUUGCUUCAUGCAAUUCUGAAACUGCCAAAUGGACAAUGUGAAUGUUGGAUUUUUUUUAUUUUCUAUUACUAUGCCAACAAUUUAUUUUUUAAUACUGGUUUCAUUUGCAAAGAACCAUGAUGUCAUCAAGUGAUUUUAUUUUAGUCAAAAGCAUGAUUUGUGUAGACCGUGGAGGCAAUGCUCUGGAUAAAUGGUUGUAUAAUUGGUCUAUCGUAUGUUGGGGGGAUAAUACAUUUACUUAAGUCUCCAUCGCACUUACUGUAAUAUUCCAUUCCAGAGGAUACAUUUUAAUAAUUUAAUAAAAUUGAUUUCAAAUGCAUAAAAAUCUGACAGUGUUGGUUUUGUUCUUGAAUUCUAUGCAAAAGUUACUUUCACUUUAUCAGAAGCUUGAUAAAGUUCAAGUCCCAAGUGUGUGUGAGUCCCAAGCCAUGAAUUGGGGAGGGUAGGGGAAAGACUUGUCAAACUACCCUGGCAAAAUAAUUGCCAUGAAAAUUCAUGGACAGUCUCUCGCAUAUGGAAAAAGUUGGCCAUAGAAUCACCAAGAGUAAGAUAUGGCUGAUAGAUAGAUAGAUAGAUAGAUAGAUAGAUACCAUUGCUGGCUGUCAGUGUACUAUGAUUUGAUAUAACAAGCCCUCUUGAGCCUAGUUAUGUGGUAAUGUCAUUUUUAAUUGGCCCUGUCCAAAUAUUGGUCCAACAUGUGCAUUGUAAUCUGAAGGGUUAUUUUUUUGUUUUUAUUUAUUUGUAAAAUCAUUAUAUAGAGAAUGAUAUGGUGUACUCUUAAACAGAUUGCAUAAGUACAAUGGAAUGGGUUCUGACACCCACAUUGGAGAAAUUGAUAUGUUUGUGUUUUAGCUUGUGCUAGGUGUUUUAAUAAUAUAUGGCACAUUUAUGGAUUUGAUUCAUCUGCUAGAAUGAGUAGCUCAGUCAGCAGGAAGUAAUAUGGAGAAGAAGCACUGAUUAAAAUCAUUAUCACUCU